GCGCGGCCCCGUUUUAUUUUCAUUAAGCGGUGUCGUUUCCCAUGCCGCGGUACCACCGAGCUUCCUUGCGGUACCGUUUUAACUCUCCGCGGUGCCACUUGUCUCCAUGCGGUACCGCUUCUCCCCUUCCCACAAGGAAUAAUAAUAAUAAUAAUAAUAUAAUAAUAAUAAUAAUAACUCCUUUUCCAACACCAAUACUAUGCGCGCGACCCCAUCCAGUUUUCUGGUAAACAAUGUCGUUUCCACUGUCGCGGUACCGGUGAACUUCCUUGCGGUACCGGUGAGCUUCCUUGCGGUACCAGUGAACUUCCUUGCGGUACCGGUGAGCUUCCUUGCGGUACCGGUGAGCUUCCUUGCGGUACCAUUUUUCUGUUUCGCGGUACCGUUUUAACUCUCCACGACGCCGCUCAACUCCAAACGACACCGUUUUUUACCCGCGGUAUCGAAUUAAAUGCCGAGACUAAUUAAUGCGGCAUUUAAUUUAGGCCAAAUUAAUUUUAGGUGUCAACAGGAGCCCAAAGGUAUUAUGAAGACAAUGCUUGGAGAUGGGCUCGCGACUUCUGGUGGUGAGAAGUGGGUCAAGAUGAGGAAGUUGGCCAACCAUGCUUUCAAUGGCGAGAGCUUAAAGAACAUGACUACGGCCAUGAUCGCUAGCACAGAAAUGAUGCUUGAGAGUUGGAAGAAUCACGUGGGGAAAGAGAUUGAGGUGUAUGAAGAAUUCGAGUUCUUAACUUCCGAAGUCAUAUCGAGAACUGCUUUUGGAAGUAAUUUCGUUGAAGGAAAGCGCAUUUUUAACUUGUUAAGUAAGAUGGUCGAGCUUGCUGCAGCCAAUUUCUUCAAAGUUAGGAUUCCUGGAAUCAGCAAGAUCUACAAAAGCAGAGAUGAUACUGAAGCGGAAAAGCUAGAACAAGGCAUACGAGCUGUCAUACAGGGAAUGCUGAGAAAGAGAGAAGAGAUGGUGGCGAAUGGUGAAGCAGAAAACUUUGGGAGCGACUUCUGUGGGUUGCUUUUGAGUUCUUAUCACGAAACCGAUGAAUCCAAGCGGAUUUCGGAGGAUGAUCUCAUAGAUGAGUGCAAGACAGUGUAUCUUGCUGGACAAGAAACAACCAAUACUCUGCUCUCCUGGGUUAUGUUGCUUCUAUCCAUCCAUACAGAUUGGCAGGAGAAAGCAAGAUCGGAAGUUCAGACCCAUUUGGGCGACCGAGCACCUGAUGCAGAUGGGAUUUCAAAGCUCAAGACGGUGAGCAUGAUAAUCAACGAGACCCUGCGAUUAUAUCCUCCUGCAAUUGGGAUGGCUCGGAGAGUGGUGAAGGAAGUCCAGCUCGGGAAGCACACACUGCCAAAGAACACAUACUUCACCAUCGACACUCUAACUCUCCAUCAAGAUCCUGAAAUUUGGGGGGAAGAUGCGCUGCAGUUCAAUCCUGAGAGGUUCUCCGAAGGAGUUGCCAAAGCAACAAAGAACAAUGCAUCUGCAUUCGUCCCCUUCGGUAUAGGACAGCGAGUUUGUGCUGGAUCCAACUUCGCAGCACACGAAGCGAAGAUUGCACUUGCCAUGAUCCUUCAGCUUUAUGCGUUCACACUCUCACCUGCUUAUGUGCACUCUCCAGUGCAAAUCAUAACAAUCCGGCCGGAGCACGGAGUUCAGGUCAUCCUCAAUGAUCUAUAGUAGCAACGUAUUCACUAUGUUAUUGUUGACUGUGGGAUAUGUUGUAGAAUGUUUAUGUGAGUGGAAUAAGCCAAUAGGGGUGUGGGUGUGAAAAGUAUGGCGUUAUGUAAAGCAUGUUUGAGGUGUAUGUAUCUGUGUUUCUGCAUAUUGAGUGAGAUUUUGGUGGUGCUUGGAAGAUUUGUUGAUCGAAGAUUUAUCUUUGACAAGUUUACUGCGUAUGUUUUCAAUCAUAGAUGGUUCAGUCGUUUGGAAAUAGAGGAGAAACCACCACAGAAUGUCAGUAACAAUGCUUAAAAGUAGAUGAAAUGUGGGAUAAAAAUUCUUACAAGCGGAACAUGACAAAUUCAGCAGACAAGCAACAAGCACACAAUAAGUAGAUGCACAAAAAUACACAAAAAUAAGCAAAUGAAACUUUAAGCUCAAU